CUCCCGCCUCCCGCCGGGUUCUUCGCUCGCAGUCGCCACUCCAGCGGCAGCUGCCGGACGCGCUGUGUCGGGCGUCGGUUGGCUUCUGUCUUCAGCGUCGCUGUGGGUGCCGUGGAAUUGCCGCCAUGGCUGAGCUCGAUCCGUUCGGCGCCCCGGCCGGGGCUCCUGGCGGCCCAGCGCUGGGGAACGGGCUGGCGGGCGAAGAAGACCCGGCCGCGGCCUUCUUGGCGCAGCAGGAGAGCGAGAUUGCGGGCAUCGAGAACGACGAGGCCUUCGCCAUCCUGGACGGCGGCGCCCCGGGGCCCCAGGCACACGGCGAGCCGCCGGGGGGUCCGGAGCCUGUUGAUGGAGUGAUGAAUGGCGAAUACUACCAGGAGAGUAACGGUCCUACAGACGGUUAUGCAGCUAUUUCACAAGUGGAUCGACUGCAGUCAGAGCCUGAGAGUAUCCGCAAAUGGAGAGAAGAGCAGACAGAGCGCCUGGAGGCCCUGGAUGCCAAUUCUCGGAAGCAAGAAGCAGAGUGGAAAGAAAAAGCAAUAAAAGAACUAGAAGAGUGGUAUGCAAGACAGGACGAGCAGCUACAAAAAACAAAAGCAAACAACAGGGUGGCAGAUGAAGCUUUCUACAAACAACCCUUCGCUGACGUGAUUGGUUAUGUCACAAACAUAAACCAUCCUUGCUACAGCCUAGAACAGGCGGCAGAAGAAGCCUUUGUAAACGACAUUGAUGAAUCGUCCCCAGGCACAGAGUGGGAACGGGUGGCCAGGCUGUGUGACUUUAACCCCAAGUCCAGCAAGCAGGCCAAAGACGUCUCCCGCAUGCGCUCAGUUCUCAUCUCCCUCAAGCAGACGCCCCUGGUGCACUGAAGAGCCGCCUGUGGAAACACUACUACAUCUGCAAUAUCUUAGUCCUCCUCCGUGAAGCCAUUCACAGUAAUUGGAUUAAUUAUGUUGUUCUUUUGGACCAAACCUUUUGUCUUUAGAGUUGAUCAUUGUUUGUGAUUGCAUGUUUCCUUCACUGUGCUCUCCUUGGCUUUCAGAGAGGAGAGGGGAGGAGGAAGAGGAAGGGAGGACCGCUCCCAACAGUAGCCUCAACUGUGCUUUUACGUGUUACUCGGAGAAUAAACUUCUGUUUCAAACAAUA